CGGUACAUCCUGCCCCUCGCCUUCGGCAAGUACUUCGCCUCCGUCUCCGCGCACGUCUCGCUCUGGAGGGUCCCGGUCUCCUACGCGCACACAGUAAAAGCGACGAUGCCAAUAUGGGUGGUUCUUCUUUCGCGGAUCAUAAUGAAGGAAAAGCAGACGACAAAGGUGUACUUGUCUCUGAUCCCCAUAAUAACCGGUGUCCUCUUGGCCACUGUCACAGAACUUUCCUUUGACAUGUGGGGACUCAUCAGUGCUCUUGCUGCUACUCUGUGUUUUUCACUUCAGAACAUCUUCUCGAAGAAGGUGUUAAGAGAUUCCCGAAUACAUCAUCUUCGGUUGUUGAACAUACUUGGGUGCCAUGCUGUGUUCUUCAUGAUCCCCACGUGGGUUUUGGUAGAUCUUUCUUCCUUCUUAGUAGAGAACGACUUGAGCACAAUGUCUCAUUGGUCCUGGACCUUGAUGCUGCUUAUAAUCAGCGGAUUCUGUAAUUUUGCCCAGAAUGUCAUUGCCUUCAGUAUCCUUAACCUGAUCAGCCCGCUAAGUUACUCUGUCGCAAAUGCCACAAAAAGGAUCAUGGUCAUCACAGUGUCCCUGAUAAUGCUUCGCAAUCCUGUUACGAGCACCAAUGUCCUUGGAAUGAUGACAGCUAUCUUAGGGGUCUUCUUAUAUAACAAGACAAAAUAUGAUGCAAACCAGGAAGCAAAGAAGCAGCUACUUCCAGUUACAACUGGAGAUCUGGUCAAUUUGGACCGGCAUCGAAACACUCCUGAGAAGUCUCAGAACGGACUUACAGCAUUUGCACAACACGGAGACUAUCAGUAUGGCCGAACCAAUAUCUUAACAGACCACUUCCAGUAUAAUCGGCAAAACUAUCCAACUACCUACAACUUAAAUCGUUUUGAUAUAUAGAAUCCUGGCAAACAGGUAUAGACUGUGAUAUCAAAGUG